GUACCAUUACCAUUAUCCGAGCAAGAUGACAGACUCAUAGACUCAGCACCAAAUGAUCAAGAUAGGGCACACCCCAACCGGGUUAGCGCACCACCUGAUCCGCAUCACUCCACCGCCCGCGGAGACAAAUUAACCAUACCAACAUCAAAAACAUAUACUCAAUCCAACUAACUCCCCUCACCCCUCACUCAAUUACCUCCCCCACUCCAAUCCCUCGCACCAAAAAACAAAGACCGACAGAAAAAAAAAAAAAAUGGUCGACAUAGUCCCCCUCUCCAGCUACCCAAGCUACAUCGACCUCCUCCCCUCCAUCCAAACCUGCAACAUCACCAACCUGCCCGAGAACUACUUCCUAAAAUACUACCUCUACCACGCGCUCACCUGGCCGCAACUGAGCUUCGUCGCCGUCGUCCGCCCCAAGAAUGGGUACUCGAAACACACAGCGCCCGGCGGCGCCACCACCGCCGCCGAGCAAUACCCCAAGGUAGUGGGGUACGUGCUGGCCAAGAUGGAGGAGGAGCCGACGGACGGCGUCGCACAUGGACAUAUUACCUCGUUGAGUGUGAUGAGGACGCAUCGACGGUUGGGCAUUGCAGAGCGCUUGAUGAGGAUGUCUCAACGCGCUAUGGCGGAAUCGCACCGCGCUCAUUAUGUCUCGCUCCAUGUGCGUGUUAGCAACACCGCUGCCCUGCGCCUAUACCGCGAUACCCUCGGGUUCAAGGUCGAGACUGUCGAGAGCAAGUACUAUGCCGACGGCGAGGAUGCGUAUGCCAUGCGCAUGGAUCUGACGGAUAUGUGGAUGGACUGGGCGGAGAUCGAGCGGAAGGAUCGUCUGCGGGCGGAGAAGGAGGGCAAAGACGCCGACGAGGGCGAGGAGGUCGGUGAAUUGGGGACGGAGAAGGAGAAGGAGAAGAUGGUGAAGGUACGGGUUGGACGCGGAUUGGGCGUGGGAGAUUUGGUGGAGAAGAAUGAGUCGCAGACUCAGGCUUAAGGGGGGUUUUCCGUCUUUCUCCUUUCUUUCUUUCUCCCGUGAUAUUAUUAUUCAUGCUAGGGUGGUAUAGAUCGGGUUUACUGGCUGCCGGAUGUUGAUUGUCUGGUGGUCUACUUGCCGUGAAAUGAAAGAUGUAUAUGUAACACUGCCUGCAAAUGCAGAGUGGUGUGAUGCAGUUCAUGUCUCAUUAAGCGCCAGUAUCAU